AUGCUCAACAGGGAGUCAAGUCCUCCUGCUCCAUCGACUGACUCGGAUGACAUGCCGAGAACAUCUGAAUCGCCACACAGGUCAAGUCCAGACCCUGCUGGCUCUUCUCCUGCCGCAGUGACAACACGCAAACGACCGGCGGAAGACCUUUCUCAGUUCGCUCAAUCUAUCGCAAGGAAGAAGCGGUUGCGCCCUGAGGACAGCGACGAGCUCAUAUCUUAUUCAAAGUUGUCUCGCAGUGAGAAGGACAUAUGGCUGGCAUCAACACUCUUGUCCAUCGAGGGUACCGUCAGUCAACUGCAUGCGCCUGAUUCCCAAUGGGACUUGCCGUCGAUGUUGAAGAAGAAGAUUGACAUCUAUUCUGCAACAAUCAUUCUUGCUCCGACAAUUGCUGCCUACGUUAGCAACGACGUGCCGCGGAAGCUCUUGCUCGAGAUUCUCGAACGCCACCCGAGCUGGGGCUACAGGCCCGAUGUCAAGGAGAAUCCUUACCGGCACAAUAUUGUGGUGUCCUUCAUAUCUGCCAAGUUGACUUCACGGAGGUAUACGGCUAAGAAAAUUAUCGCGGAAAGCAUCGGCGAGGCUCCCGAGGAUCCGGCAGACGUGAAACGUGCUGAUGCUCUUGAUAUCCUCGCCUUAUGUGAGAGGUUGACAGCAAAUGUCUUCAAGGCGGCGAAAAUCGUUGUUACCGUACCGAUGUGUGCCAGGAUCGCCUUUCUCCUGAUCACUGGCACACAGAGGCUUAUAUAUAUCGGGAAGCCCGAUGCAGGGGAGAAGUUCUGGAGCAUCGCCGACGACAACCUCAAAGAUUUCCGGGCCAAGUUUUCCAAUGAUCAGAGGAAGAUAUCGAGCAAAUUUGCGAAGAUCCUUACGCAAGACCGUCAAGUGUACGGUGAUGUGGAUAUCAGUUAUAUGCUGAAGAGUGCCUGCAUGAAUGCAGCUCAGCGCGAAAGCGAGGACGUGCACGCCGGGAUCGAGCCAGCUCCCGUUGAUGAUGCAGAGCAGAAUGAGGAGGUUUAG